CUUCUUUCUUUUUCUUCUUCUCUUUAUCCACUGUUACUUCAACAUGGAGGACGAAAAUUACAAUCCCUUUCAACUAGACUCUGAGCUCGAAGCUGCUGGUCAAAAAGCUGAGCCCAUACCAGAAGGUAUGCAUUACGUCGCCGACACUCGUCGCGCCUCUCUUGUCCCGCCAAAAUGCUCUCAUGAUGUAGAGGAUACCCGCUGUAACUAUAGAAGCCGUGGCUACUUGCCCAUUGAAAACUAUGGCGUCAUUGGAAACUUGCGAACCGUGGCAUUAUGUGGCACGGACGGCUCUAUUGAUUUCUGCUGCUGGCCCAAGUUUGACAGUCCAUCCGUCUUCUGCCGUAUGCUAGACAAGGAUAAGGGUGGUCACUUUAGCAUCACGGCAGCAACUCAUACAAGUAACAAGCAACAGUACUUGCCCAACAGCAACAUUUUGACCACCCGCUUUUUGUCCGAUGAUGGUGCUGGCCAAGUCACUGACUAUAUGCAUCUCCCGGAAAGCUCACAACGCCAAUCAUCCAAGCCACUAUUACCUUGGAUUAUACGUACCGUGGAAGUGAUUCGUGGAACUGUUCCCUUCCGAGUCGAAUGUUUCCCCGCAUUCAAUUACGGCCUUGACGAACAUACAACUGAGGUUGUGAAGCGGGAAGACGCGCAACCUGCCCCAGUGUCGCUGUAUCCAGAAGAUGAGGUUCCUCACUACGCCUCUAGUGAAAAGGUUAUCUUCACUUCCAAAGGCAUGAAGAUGGAUUUACGUUGGGUCGUCAAGUGUGGCGAGUUUGACUGUCCAUAUUUCAACUUCAAAGUGACGAACGUUCCGGGAAGUGGCAUGAAAGGACCCGGUGCUGUCGCUGAAUUUGAACUUAACGAAACCCAGGAAGUCAUGUUCAUUUUACGACAAGUCCCAGAUGAUCCCCCGGAACACGAAACUCCAGCCCAGUUUCGACUUCGCAUGGUCAAGGAUCCAGCUCUGUCUGUGAGCUUGAUGGAGGCAUUGUUUCGCCAGACGGCAAAGUACUGGCAGUCUUGGAUUAGUAGAAGUACCUACAAGGGUCGAUGGCGGGAAUAUGUGCUAAGAAGUGCGCUGAUGUUGAAGCUCUUGACGUAUGAGCCGACGGGUGCUGUUGUUGCAUCUCCGACAUUCGGUUUACCCGAAGCCAUUGGUGGAGCUCGUAAUUGGGAUUAUCGCUAUACUUGGAUUCGUGAUGCAUCCUUCACCAUCUACGCCUUUCUUAGAUUGGGUUUGACCGACGAAGCUGAUCAGUAUAUGCAGUUUAUUAAGGAAAGAUGUGACGAUCUGAACGAAGAUGGGUCCCUUCAAAUCAUGUAUAGUAUCGAUGGCGACAAAAAGUUGAUUGAGACGGAGCUUACCCAUUGGGACGGUUACCGAGGUUCUAAACCUGUCAGAAUUGGCAAUGGAGCUUAUGACCACAUACAGCUUGACAUUUACGGAGAGCUCAUGGAUGGUAUAUACCUCUAUAACAAACAUGGGACUCCUGUCUCAUAUGAUAUGUGGUGCGCUGUACAAAAACUGGUUAACUACGUUUGUGACCAUUGGAAGACCGCCGAUAUGUCUAUCUGGGAGGUGCGAGGAAUGAGGCAAAACUUUACAUACUCGAGAAUUAUGUGUUGGGUUGCCGUGGAUCGAGGUCUACGUCUCUCAGAAAAGCGAAUGUUUCCUUGUCCUGAUCGCUAUCGCUGGCAGGCUGUCCGUGACGAAAUCUAUCUUGACAUUAUGGAAAACUGUUGGAAUGCUGAAAGAAAAAUCUUUACGCAAUCUGUUGAAUCCCAAGAUGCGUUGGAUUCAAGUGUUUUAAUUAUGCCCCUCGUGUUUUUCUGCUCGCCAUGUGAUCCAAGACUUCUUUCAACCAUCACUCAAAUGUUGCUCCCACCUGAGAAAGGCGGUCUGUUGGCUAAUAACUUGGUCUUCCGGUACAACUUUUUGACUACGGAUGAUGGUCUUGGAGGAAUGGAAGGUGCUUUUUCAAUGUGCACCUUCUGGCUUGUGGAAGCAUUAACUCGUGCAGGAAAAUACGACAAGAAACUGCUGCUUCGUGCUCAGGUCAUGUUUGAGCAGAUGAUAUCUUAUGCUAAUCAUGUAGGGCUUUUCUCCGAGGAAGUUGCUAGAUCUGGAGAGUUGUUGGGCAAUUUCCCACAAGCCUUCACCCAUAUCGCGUUCAUUAGUGCUGCUUUUAACAUUGAUCGAGUUCUCUCUGAACAUUAAAAUAGUUGUAGCGUGGUCCAUAAUAAUCAAAUAUUAUUUUAUGGUUUGCUUGUAAAUGUGAAUGGCUAGCGGACGUUCGUGUGUCCAAAUAGUUGUCGGUGACUUGCACCUUGUGAAUAAACGUUUUGAAAAGAAGCUCUUAACUAUCUGCGGCUGGUUAGCACACAGCUAUUUACGAGCCUCCAAUGCAA